CCUCCUCUCCCUGCCUGGACACCCCGGACUACAGCCUCCUCCUCCUCUACCCACCCCCCGGCCCGGGGACAUGGCCGACCCUUUCCAACCCGCUUAUCUGCGGGGAAACCUCGGAUCCUUCGCCGCCGACAUGAGGAAAAUGAUCAACGCCCCGGAGUGGAGUGAUGUAAAAUUCAUUGUUGGAGAGGAGAGGAAAGUGGUAUAUGCCCACCGCUGCAUCUUAGCUUAUCGCUGUGAGGCAUUUAAUGCCAUGUUCACCAAGCAACAUUUGUCAAGCGAUGCAAAAGAAGCCGAAAUUCCAUUUGUUCUCUCAGAUGUGCAGCCAGCUGUCUUUCUGGCUGUGGUUGAGUUUCUCUACACAAACUGCGUGAUGCUGAGCAGCAAAAUAGCUCUGGAUGUACUUACAUCAGCAGUGGAAUAUGGGCUGGAUGAGCUUCAAAGGCUAUGCGUGGAUUAUAUCAAUAGUACCCUGACAGUAGAAUCUGCCUGUGAAGCAUUGCAGGCUGCAGUGACAUACAGACAGACUGACAUGAAGGACAAAUGCCUGGCUUUCAUCGAGGGCCACACCAAAAGUAUUGUGAAGACCCGAGGCUUCCAUGAACUUUCUGACCCUGCCCUGCUUGCUAUUCUGCAGAGUGACUUCCUCACCAUUGAUGAACCUGAUUUAAUUAACUUUGUCAGAGAAUGGGCUCAUGUUAACUCAGUGGUUCUGGAUAAACCAGUGCCAGAAAUAGCAAAGGAAGUUGUUCAUGAACUGCGGCUUUUUCUGUUGACUCCUGAAGAACUAACAAUCCUGGAAGCUGAAAACAAGAAAGAUAACUUAAUUCCUAUGGACAAAAUAGCUGAAGUAUGGAAGUUUCAUGCAUUAAAGAAACCAAGUGGGAUCACUCCCCAUCUGCUUCGGAGACGGAAAGGCACUCGCCCUCGAGACCAUCACAAGUGCCUCAACCUUUACCACAAAUAGAGGUCAAAGCCACACAAUGGUACUUGAACUCUGUACCCUAAACUUAUGUGAAGAGAAUUCAUCAACAGUCGUGAUCUCUACUGAUCCACAUCAAAUUAGUGUCUUAUGGUACAUGGUACAGAUCCUUACACUGGGGCUGUAUCCUAUCUAGAUUGUAUGAACUAUACAAGUUGUUUAAAUUAACCUGAAAGCAGUUGCACUGUGCUUUACAUAAGGCCAGUUUCAUAUUCUGAAAACUUAGGAAAGUCACACAGAUGUGUUCUUAUAUAAGUGAAAGGCACAGUUAAGAUUGGGUGGCUAGUAGGAAUACUGUUCAUUCACCACUAUAUCCUGGGUUCGAUUGUCAAUAGGAUCCUGUAUUAAACUAGCUUGUUGCAGUGUGAACAAGUCCAUGAAUCCAUGGCACGAAAUUGUCCGCAAUUCAAUUCUACUUGGCACUUAAGCUAGUAGGUUCACUCGGACAGGCUGCAAGGAUGACUGGUGGGAAAAUGUCAGUCAGGAGCAAACAUCUGAUUGUAAAAUAAGGUUCAUUGUUGGGUGAAAUGCA